AUGACAGUGACAGGCGUGACAGGAUCAUACAACGGCAACAGCUCAAAGGUUAAUUUUACGUUGGUUUGAAUUUAAUUUUAUCAGAAGAAGAAAGAUAGCAUUGUACAAAAAUGACCUCAAAUGAUUCAAAAUUAUCAGACACCACAGAAUGUCACACAAUUUUGGAAAAAAUAAAUGCUAUCAAUGAAACCGUGAUAACCAAGGCUCCAGAUAUUAAUGAUUUUACUAUAGUCAAGCCCAUCAGUCGUGGUGCAUUUGGAAAAGUAUUUCUAGCGCACAAAAAGAAUAACAAAGAACUGAUGUAUGCCAUAAAAGUUAUGAAAAAAUCUGAUAUGAUAAACAAAAACAUGGUUGCACAAGUUGUAACUGAGAGGAAUGCACUGGCAUUAUCAAGGAGUCCGUUUUGCGUGCAUUUGUUCUAUUCAUUGCAGUCCUUAUCUUCAGUUUAUCUGGUAAUGGAAUACAUGGUUGGUGGAGAUUUAAAGUCUCUUCUAAAUGUUUAUGGGUUUCUGGAAGAGUCAAUGGCGGUGUUCUAUGUAGCAGAAGUAACUCUAGCAUUGGAUUAUUUGCACAAACAUAAUAUAGUGCACAGAGAUUUGAAACCAGACAAUAUGUUGAUUGCUAAAAGUGGUCAUGUAAAACUCACAGACUUUGGUUUGUCUAGAAUUGAAAUACAUAGAGAUUUGGAAAUAUCAGAUUUUGUUAAUCGAACACCAAGUUUGAACAUGAGAACACCCGGCCAGCUGUUGUCUUUAACUUCACACCUGUCCUUUGGUUCUGGCGGUGGAGACUCCACCCACACCUCUGUCAUGUCUGCUGAUGCUUGUGAGAACCUCAUUGAUGAACUUAAGGAGACUAGUAAACUGCAGGGUAUGUUUGAUGGUGUUAGUGGAUUAGAAAAUUCUCAGCUGAUGGAGCAUUCUCAACUUUCUGGGAUCCAUCCCUUCAUGAGCGCAGAAAGCAUCAACCUGGAUGAUGUAGUUUCUCAAGAUUCUGGAUCUGAAUCUCUCAGCUCCUACCACACUUGCGAAAGUUCUAAAAACAGUAGCAACUCGAAGAGCAACAAGUCUACUGACAUAAGCAGCAACAAUGGGUCAUCCUUAGGAGAGUCUGCUGUACUCACUGACUCCCAACAUGACCAGUCAACCUCUCCUGUGUGCCGCGGGAAUUCCUUGAAGAGAAUACCUAGUUUCAGAGCGAAAAAGAGGAAAAGAAUAUUAGACGGGGAUGGAGAUACGCCUACAGGUGUGACAAGCCUUGCUGAGUCCAAAGAGAAUCACAGUGGGCUUACUCAAGAGAUAAUGGCGUUGGAGCUAAGUCAGAACACACCAAAACGCAUGGCUAUUCAUCCUACCCCAGAUAGGCGGAAGAAUCCAAUAAAGGGUGUCCUUAAAAAGAGAUGGGCAUCUCAAGAUGAUAGUCACCAUUUUAAUGUAGGCGUGAUAUUCUCAACUCCAGUGUCCAAUGACAAGUCACCGAGCGCCAAGAAAAUGCACAAGGCAACGCGAUUUAACUUGCCCAAGGAUGAUCAACCGGCAUCUGGAGCUAAAGAUAAAAAUAUCGUGUUCAGUAAACAUAUUUCCACUAGUUUGGAGAUAUUCCCGUCACGGCGUAUGAGCAGAGAUGACAGAUCACCAACGGACCUUUGUAAAACACCAGUGGCGACCGCCCACACUCCAUACAGAACGCCUAAAAGCGUGCGGCGUGGAAAUCAAGUCUCUGAUCAAAGAAUUUUGGGAACACCCGACUAUUUAGCGCCUGAGUUGUUGUUGAGGCAAGGACAUGGCCCUUCAGUGGAUUGGUGGGCGCUGGGCGUGUGUCUUUAUGAAUUUAUGACUGGCGUUCCUCCUUUUAACGAUGAAACCCCACAAGCCGUCUUCACCAAUAUUUUAUCUAGAAACAUUGAAUGGCCAGAAGGCGACGAAGCCCUAUCAGCCGAGGCCGUCGGUGCGAUCGAGGGUCUUCUAACCAUGGACCCCAAAGAGCGGCCUGCGGCUACCGCAGUCAAGAAGAUGUCUCUCUUCAGGAACGUCGACUGGGAGAACCAGCUCAGCGCGGAGCCGCCUUUCGUGCCGACGCCAGAUGAUUUGCACGACACUGGAUAUUUUCAAGCAAGAAAUAUACUGCAGCAACUGCAUGUUUCCAACUUUGACAUGUAGAAAAAGAGGUAUGUUAUGUAUUAAUUUGUAUUUUACUCAACCAUAUAGUGUGUGAUAUUUUACUGUAAGGAAAUUAUGUGAUACUGAUGUUUAAUAUACAAUCAUGUACUAGCUUUAUUAUUGUAAUGUUAUUAAGACUGAAUUAGGAAUCUUUAAUAAUAUGAAGUAGUGUAAUUUUCUCUAAAAGUAACAACAGAGCUAGAAUGUAUAUAGAAAAUUAAAAAUAAAUAAUGCCCAUUUUAAA